AUGGCAAGCAGCGGUCACUCCGUUCAUGUGAACAACAAUGAGAUAGUAGCUGAAAACGAGAACAACAGUGGGUUACGAAACCUACCUGCGGAUCCAGCCGAUCUAAAUGCUGUCAACUCGAGAGAAGGCCUCAACCGACAAAACACCGUCAAUCAGGAGAAUGCCACCUUUCCGGCCACCGAUCUUUUGAAUACUCAUAACUCAAUUACUUUGUCUCGAGCUCAAGGCCGGAAAACACCAGAUAUGCCUGAUGAGAUUAACUUACAUUUAAUAUUUGAAAUGUUGCAGGAACAAGGGACCGCCAUAGCCGAACAGGGGAUUGCCAUAGCUCAGCUUCAGAGCCAAGACGACAAGGUUAAACGUAUUUUGAUUGACCUAGGUAGUUCAGCCAACAUUAUCCGAUGGAGAGUGGUGGAACAACUGAAGUUACUAGACCAGAUUAUCCCAGUAGCUCGGAUACUCAGCGGGUUCAAUAUGGCAAGUGAGACUACGAAGGUUGAAAUUUCUUUGCCGAUCAACAUUGAUGGGACCAUACAGCAGACAGUGUUCUACGUCAUCGAGGGAGAUAUGAAGUAUAAUGCUUUGCUCGGUAGACCAUGGAUUCAAAGCAUGAGAGCAGCACCAUCGACCCUACAUCAGUUGCUGAAGUUCCCAACCCCGGAAGGGAUAAAAACUAUCCGAGGCGAACAGCCCGCAGGAAAUGUUCGCGGUUGA